AUUUUUUUCUUUUGAGAGGACAAAAAAGCAGAGUGGGCAGCUCACACCUCCAGAAGUUACAGGAAGAAGGCGCUAAAGGAAGUAGACAGCUAAACGGACAAACUGUCUUUUAGGUGCUCAGGUGGGAUGAGUUCACAGGGUUGCACAAGAUAAUAUAAGGUGAACUGAGUGGGGUUAUUUUGGUGUGGUGGUGGGUAGGGGCCAGCCCUGCGAUGGACUGGUGAACUAUCGCGGGUAUACCCUGCCUCUCGCCCGCAGCUGGCUGGGAUUGGCUCCGGCUCCCCUUCACCCCGUUUGGAGCUAAGCGGUAUAGAAAAUGGAUGGAUGGUAGGUAGGGGCCGUUCUGAUCCACACUCCAGUUUGGGAGGUGGCGAUAAUGCACCUAUAGCUGGUUUGCCAGCUAUAUAAAAAAACAGCUGAAGAAGAAGAUGCGUUCUUUUCUGGCCCAGUCAACGGUGGCGUCUGGUGUUUGAACAUAAAAAUGUUCCUGCACGUCCUCGGACUGGUGGCCCUGUGGUUCAUCUAUCGCUGGUACAAGGAAACCAAACGGGUUUCCAACCAGGGAGACAAACAUGUCUACAUCACUGGCUGUGACUCCGGCUUUGGUAACCUCCUUGCGAGGCACCUGGACAAACUGGGCUUCCACGUGAUUGCAGGCUGUUACACUGAGAAGGGUGAGGAUGAGCUGAAGAAGACCUGCUCCGACAGACUGACCGCCGUCCAUCUGGAUGUCUCGGACUCAGACAGUGUCGCCAAAGCAACAGCACUGAUCAAAACAGUGGUUGGAGAGAAGGGCCUGUGGGCUGUUGUGAACAACGCUGGAGUGUCUUUGUCAUCUGGUCCCACUGACUGGCUCACUAUAGACGAUUACAAGUCCACGCUGGCUGUCAACCUGUGUGGGGUCAUAGAUGUGACCCUGAGCGUCCUCCCUCUUAUUAAGAAGGCCAGAGGCAGGGUGGUGAACGUCGCUAGCGUGUUUGGGCGAAUCAGCCCGUUCGGCGGACCGUACUGUGUGUCCAAAUACGGGGUAGAGGCUUUCAAUGACAGCCUGCGUAUAGACAUGGCACCAUUUGGAAUUAAGGUUGCCUGCAUUGAACCAGGCUUCUUUGCAACAAAUAUGACUGAUGCAGCGAGUAUGAUGAAUAACCUGAGGAAGCUCUGGGACCGAUUGCCUCAGGAUGUAAAGGACGACUAUGGACACAGCUUCCUGGAGGACAUUACCGUGUUUCCUGGUCCAUGGAUGCGGGGGGUCUUCAGCCAAAAGAUUGAUCUGAGGAAGCAGCAGGUUUAAAUACUUCCCACUAGGCCUGGACUGCACCAAGUGCCUAAUAUAAGGAAGGGGGA